UCAUGCUUGCUCCAGCACCGGGGAUUGCACCGCUCCCUCAACGCUGUUUUCUCACCUCUGAAGGUUAUCAGAAUAACGUCAAAUCUUCACUCAACUGGAAAAUAUGAUGCUACUGCUGCCUGUGCAAUAUAUAUCUCUGUUUUCCUCCCUCCGCUAUAGAAACAGCUCCAAGCUCUGUCCAUGUUCAAGAAGUCCUAUCAGCUUUCAGUUGUGCUAGAUCCCAGGGAGCGUCCUGCUGACUCCACCUACAACAGCAAUGUCUACACCAACAACGACAGCUUAUCGGGAACAAUCGUCUUGACUGUUGCCAAACCCAUCAGAAUCAGCACUUUGGAGGUGUCUUUUGUUGGCCAUGCUGCUGUUGCUUUGUCUGAGUUUAUCACCACAAACAACAACUCCAACAACAUUGUUCUUUCUGGUCCUGCGAACAUGAUCAAUUACGAUAACAACUUCCUCAAUGAGAACAUAAUUCUUUUCCCUCCUAAUGACAUGAGAUCUGCUUUAUCUGUUACCAAUGCUGAAUCGAAGGAAAGCGAAAGUUGCCCAGGGACUCCUGAAACAAUUAAUUUCAUCGACAAUAACAAGAAAUACGAUUUCACUUUGAAUCCAGGAACAUACAACUACCCCUUCUCCUUCAAGAUACCUGUGAAGAUCAACUCCAUCCCUAAUGAGCUUUUACAAUAUAGAAGCACCUUUUUAACCCUAGACACUGAGUAUUCCACUGUCAAUGAUAAUGACAUGUUUCACUACUUGCCCCCUAGCUUUAUAUACACAACUGAUGACUCCUUCAUCAAGAUAUUAUACUACUUGAAAGUCGUUUUGAAGAGAGCCUCCAUUUUCAAAUUGAAUAAUAAAAUAUACAAGCCUAUAAGAUUCAGACCCAAAAACUUGUUUCUAAACUACGAAUUUCCUUGUCCUGAAACCUCGAUCUCAAAAUUUUAUUUUCUCAAUUUAUCGAAAUACUUGCCCAAAGAUCAUGAUCGCAAGAUCUUCCAUAUCAACGAAUACAUUUCCUCUAUUCACGAUUCAGCUCUACUUAACCCAAGUUUCAAUUUACAAAUCAAAUUCACCAACAAUCUAAAUUCUCGAAUAUUUAAACAUUUUGAUCCUUUAAAUAAUAAUUUUAAAGUUAACCUCUUAUUUAAAAUAUCAAACCAAUUAAUAGACACAUUUAAAACCUACGGUCUCAUUGACAUUAAAAAUGACUAUUACCUAUCUUUUAAAAAUCUUUUUAUUAAUGCAAUUAAAAUAAACCUAAUCUCAGUAACGACCUUAAAAGUAAAAUAUGUAAAACAAUCAAGAAAUGCCUCGGUUCCGAUUUAUUCUAAUGAUCAUCUAAAUCUCCCCCUAACAAACAUGUUCAAAAUAUAUACUCAAAAUGGGGAUUCCUCAACUAAUCCCGAAGAUUCUCUCGACCCUUCUUCUUUCACUAAUUCAAAUGUCUUCAAAUUCGAAAUUCCUAAUCAUUUCUUUGAAAACGAGAUAAUCAACUGCCAAAUACCCUCCUUUUUAGCUAAUGACGUCCAAAGAAAAUAUAAACUAAUGGUAGCAGUAGAUAUAUCAAAUUUAGAAGAUUUGUCUGAUUAUAAAAUUUAUAAAAAUAAACCAAUGUCUGAUCUGUCUCAAUGUUUUAUCUUAAAAUAUUUAUGCGUUGGUAGUGACAUAGUUUUGAUAAAUAACGAACCGAAUUCUAUUUACUCUACAGAAGAAAUUCAUGAUUUAUACAAUAGAUUAAAUAUUCAAACUCAUUAUCAAAAUGAUGAUGACUAUUUACCAAGUUACGAUGAUAGAUUUAACGAUAUCUUAGUUAACCAAAGCCAACAUUCAUAAUUUUGAAACAAAAACAAAAAAUUUACUAUCCAUUGUUUGGUUUUGCAAUCUAUUUCUGUUUUUUUAUUUUUUUAUCCUUCUCUCAAAGUCAAAAACUUUGUUUCAUUCAUAAUUCAUUCUUGUUUUAUUCCUGUUUUAUCUUUUUUAUGUUCUCUAAGCCUACAUUUAUAUUUCAUAAUGUCUAUUACAUUUGAAAAAUAGAUUUAAUCAU